UUAGAAAAUGAUUAAUACUUUCAACUUAUCAGACUAUGACUGUAUUGGUUUUGACUUGGACAACACGAUCUGUGAAUACAGAAUCGCACCUAUGGUUCAAAUGAUUUAUGAUGUAAUAACUGAGUACCUAAUUAAAACACAUAAUUAUUCUGCUAAAUAUCUACAACAACCAAUAGAUUUCGCCUUUCUACAGAAAGGAUUAUUAUUAGAUACUGAACGAGGUAAUGUUUUAAAACUAAAUGGUACAGGGAAAAUUUUGAAAUCAUCUCAUGGUACUAGAUUUAUGUCUGAUGAAGAGAUAAUGUCAGUGUAUGGAUCUAGUUGUUCUUGGUCUGUAACAGACAGUUUUAUUCAAAAUUUUAUGGAUACUUGGAAUGGCCCACUUUCAGAGAAAAUACGUCCUUUAUUGGAUUAUUUUGAUUUUCCAAUAUCCCUUGUUUUUGCACGCUGUAUUGAUAGUGUAGAUGAUGCCUGUACCAAUACUACUUAUAAUGUAUGGCCCGAUAUUUUUCAAGGACUUCAUUACAUGUAUUCUAGAGAUAAUUUUUCAACUAAUGUUGGUGACUUUUUUUUUAAUCUUAAAACUUCUCCUACCUUAUAUUAUAACAAAUGUCCAAAUUAUGUAAUUAAUUGGCUCAAGGAAUUAAAAAAGACUAAAAAAAUGUUCUUAAUAUCUGGUUCUCAUGUAGAUUAUGCAAGUUUUAGUGCAACACAAUCUUUAGGAGCUAAUUGGAAAGAAUUAUUUGAUAUAGCUGUAUUUUUUUCUAAAAAGCCUGGUUUUUUUAAUCAAAAUAGACCUUUUUACAAUACAGAUGAUUUAAAUGAGACAAGUAUAACUGAUGCAAUAAGUCUUGGUAAAAUAUAUAGUCAAGGUAAUUGGUCUCAACUCUACAACUUAUUUAAAAAAGAAACUGGUAAAUCAAAUCCUAAAUGCUUAUAUAUGGGUGAUAAUAUAUUACAAGAUGUCCUUACUCCCGAAAAAUUUUCUGGUUUGGAUACUAUUGCUAUAGUUGAAGAAAUGAAGAUGGAUUCUGAUUCUAAUGAAUUUAAUACUGAUAUUGGACUGCUACAACCAAAUAAAUGGGGUUCGUAUUUUAUUGAUAACGAUAAAAAUGAAAUAUCUGUCUGGACAUCAUUUAUUAUAAAUCAUAGUAAACUAUGUAUUCCUUCCAUAAAAGCUUUAGCAAGUAAACCUAUAAAUUAUGAAUAUAAAUCAUUUUGUAAGUCUAAAAUUUUUGGAGGAUUUUUUCCUUUUACACCUAAUAAUAUGUAUAAACUAUUAAAGUAAAACUAUUUAAUGAAAACUAAUAACUUAUUGUUAAUUUUUUUCAAUUUUACUAAAUUAUUUAGAAAUAUAUAUAUAUUUAAUUAUACAUUAAAAAUUUGGUUAAUAAUUUUAUUUUUAUUGUACAAAAAAAAGUCAUUAUCAACAUACAGUCAACUGCCAACAAAAAUUACUAAAAUAUAGUAUAAAUAAUAAAGAUAGAAGUUACAUAAUUAGAUACUUGCUAAAAAUGAUAUUGUCAUAAUUUCUUGCAUAAUCAUAGCCUUAAUUUUAUUUUGAUUAUUAAUGAUUAUCAAUAUUUUGUUUUCAAC